GAAGCACUAACCGGUUAACUAAAUGGUUUAUUAAACUUAUAGUUAAUUUCAAUUGUAUAGGUUCAAAUUUGUAGUAGAGUGAGUUGGUAUUAUCUUUUGAUAAAAAUAUAAAUUAUUCCUCAACGGUUACGGUAAUUUAUGAAUUGAAAAAUACGGCCGCACUGAUAUUAAUAGUUUACUUAACAAGUUAGUGGCAAGUAGUUUGUUGGGUACUGCAUUCUAAAUAAGGACUUAAAUUAUUCGAUUUUUGAUUCAAAACAAUGUUAUCCUUGGAUUAUUGCCUCCACAGCUAUGGUGAACUGCCGCUAGAGAUUGUCUUACACAUAUACAAAUACUUGGGCUAUACAGAUCUAUUGGCAGCUGGCGCUACCUGUCACCGAUGGCGGAAUGCCUUGUAUCAAACAGAGUUUAUCGCACGCACUCGAGUUCGAUUCACCAAAGUUGUGUUGUCGGAUCAGCAUAGUCCUGCCGAGGAUCUGUUGAAAUGCGAACGACAAUUUCGUCACUUUCUGUUCGAGGAUGUGACGCUGGGACAGGUGCACAAAUUGAUGACUUUUAUUGGACGGUCGGCGCAAUCACUAAACCUGGACAAUGUGGACUUGAAUGACAAGCAAUUCUAUGGGCUGCUUCGGCUGCUGCCGCAUCUGGAAUCCCUGUCGGUGAUUCGUUGUUUGCCCUUAUUCAUGUCUGCCACUUUUUUGGACUCGAACUCUUGCGAUUUGGCAGCAAUCUCCUCACAUUUGGCCAGCAUCAGGGAGCUGACCAUAUCACAAAAUCGUUAUCUCACAGAUGCGUUACUAGUGCGCCUGACAGCGAUGAUGCCCAAUCUGCAGCUUCUAAAUAUGUCCGGCUGCCAGAUCUCAUUUCACAAUGCAAUCCAUCGACGUUUCUAUCCCAACGAACCGAGUGCGCCGAGUGAAUCGGUGUUGACCUUUAAGUACAUAUUAUCUGUGCUCGUCCAGCAACGCAAGACACUGCGCACCCUGGACUUUAGUCACACAAUCAUUGGACAUUCGUUGGCAGCUUUGUGUGACCUCAGCAGACCGGAUGAAAAUGGUGAACCUGGAUUGCAAUUGCAACGUUUGUAUUUGGCAGGUUGUAGGCAGCUAAACGCUGCUACAAUGAAAGAGUUUCUCCACACGCAAUCACAAUUGAGUGUGCUGGAUCUGUCGGGAACUGUGUGCCUCAAUGACGACUGCAUGGAGGCUAUAGUCCAGGCGAAUCCUCUUCUCAAGGAUUUAAAGAUUAAUGCUUGUGGUGGCCUUACCAAUGUGGGCGCAGCGCAUUUGCGCCACUUGCAACGUUUGCAGCGCUUGGACAUUUCCAAUUGUGAUGGCAUCAAUAGUGGUGGCAUUGUGGAGGGCAUUGCAAGUGAGGAGAACAGUGUGCUCUUGGAGCUAAAUGUCUCCUAUCUGACUAUCUGUGAGGAAGCUAUCAAAGCGAUAGCUAGAAACCUACACGAGUUGCGUUGUCUGCACUUGAAUCAUUGUGUCAAUGGAGUUACCGACGAAGUGCUGCAGCUCAUCAUCAGUCAGCUACGUUGGCUACGCGAACUAUCAUUAGAAAGCUGCUGCAGAUUAACUGAUGCUGCCUUGACUGGCAUUAAUUUGUCCAAGCUGGAGCUGAACAGAACGUCUUCCAAUGGUGACAUUUACCCACCGCCAGACAGCUUCUCCGGCUCAUUACAGUCGAUUAAAAUUUCGUUGCGCAGCAAGGCAGAAGAGGAAAUUGUGAGGGACGCCAAACGCAAACAGGCCAUGAUUGCGGCAUAUGAGAUGAAUCUCAUUAAUGACGAAGACUUUGAAGGCCACAACAUUCAAGCGUUGCGCGGUCUGCGAACCCUAAACUUGCGAGGCUGUAAUAAGAUAAGUGAUGUCUCGCUAAAGUACGGCCUCAAGCACAUUGAGUUGAAUAAGCUACUGCUCUCCAACUGCCAACAGAUAUCGCUAUUGGGCAUGGAAGCUCUGGUUAAUAAUUGUCCAUCCAUUGAGAUGCUUGACUUGUCCGAUUGCUACAACAUUAACGAUCAAGGCAUUAGGAUUAUCACAGAGAAGUUGCAACGCCUGCGUUCCUUGGACAUUAGUGGUUGCAGUCAACUCACUGAUCACAGCAUUGAUGCCAUCAUUGUGAAUUGUCAGUGUCUGCAAUCGUUGUCCAUCUAUCGAUGUCGUCGCAUGUACACGGACAUUGAGGACCGCCUUUCCGGAUUGCAGACAUUGCGCAACGUUUAUAUGGACAACAUUAAUAGCAUUGAGAAUGCCGAGAUCUUUCGCUUGAAGAAACGACUCGAUUGCUGAUAUUUUGCGGCAUUUUUCAU